AAGUGUGUGACCUCAUCAAAACAGUGUCGUCUCCCGGUCGUGUCCGGGUUCUCCGUCUCACUCCGUGCAUAUUUGGAAGCUAGGAACCUGCAGACAUGUUUAAUUUCAGAAUUCGACGGGUGUUUUCCAUUGAGACAACCAAUUAAGUCUGUCAACACCGUCGAGACGACGUUUAUUCCCGACUCUCCCUCGUCAGCAGUGAAGGCGCGAUGAUGGUGGAGCAGUCGGACCGAGCUCCGCUGCUCGACUGGGAAGAGGAGGUCGGGCGGGCCGAACCGACCCCCGCCGUGCCUGCUCCUCACAGCGGCGGAUUCCUGGCCACAGAGCCGUCGGACCGCUGUGCUCCGAGCAAAAAUGGCGCAAAUAACGGCUGGAGCGCGAGCCCGAGAGGUGGAGGUAGUGUAACAGCUGUUAAAGGCAGGGGAAGGAGCACGCGCUCUGGGCCCGAGGGGGAUGCUUAUGCUUCAGGCACGGAUGAGGAAGGAGACUGCGCCUUCCCCGGACCCUCCAUCAAAACCCGCGCAGUCCCGGGGUGGGAAGAGAAAGAUCAAAUUGUUUCUGUGUUCGUGGUGACCUUUGACACGAGAUCAGGAAACAUUGUGGAGUGGUGCUUACCUCAAGACAUAAACCUGGAAGGUGUGGAGUUCAAGUCAAUGGCCAGUGGCUCUCAUCGAAUUGCAAAUGAUUUCAUAUAUUUUCGUAAAGGCUCUUUCUUUGGACUGGCAUGCUUCGCCAAUAUGCCGGUGGAGAGUGAGCUAGAGAGGGGGGCUCGAAUGAAGUCUGUUGGUAUCCUGUCACCGUCAUACACACUGCUCUACCGCUACAUGCACUUUCUAGAGAACCAGGUCAAGCACCAGCUGCAGUGUCCAGGCCAGUACUCGCCAUUGGAGGCAUUUUACGAGGAUAAGAAGGCUGUGCUUCCCCCGGGAGGGAACGGUCUGGUCACAGUCUGCCCCACCAGCACCGUGGUGAACCGCUGCAUGCAUCCAGAGAUGAAGAUUACACAUCCUGCUGGCUGCAUGUCUCAAUUCAUCCGUUUCUUUGGAGAGCAGAUCAUGGUGUUGUGGAAGUUUGCCUUGUUAAGGAAGCGCAUCCUCAUCUUUUCUCCUCCACCUGUCGGCGUGGUCUGUUACCGGGUAUACUGCUGUUGCUGCCUUGCUAAUGUGUCCAUACCUGGGAUUGGUGGCUCUGUACCAGAGUUCCGCCCCUUCUUCUAUAUCAAUGUUGCCGACAUCACAGCUCUGGAGACGGAGUUGUCCUACGUGGCUUGCACUACAGAGAAGAUUUUUGAGGAAAAGAAGGAGCUGUAUGAUGUCUACAUUGACAACCAGAAUGUGAAGACACACCGAGAAAGCCUGCAGCCUCUGUUGCGAAUUAACAAUGCAGACAAGGAGAAGUAUCGCAAACUCAGUGAACAGAGGCAGUUGUUGCUGUAUUCGCAGGAGGUUGAUGGCGACUGCACCUCUAGUGAGGAAGACCUCUUCAUUCUGUUCUUUAUGGAGCAGAACAACCGCAUCUUUCAAACCCUCCUGGAGGUCGCAGGGAGCUCUGAUCCCACUCUGACUCCCGAGCACGUGCGCGGUAUGGGCUUGGACCCGCAGGCUGACCGUGGCUUCCUUGUGGAUCUGCUGGAGGUCUAUGGCAUCGAUGUCAUGCUGGUUAUCGACAAUCCGUGCUGCCCGUAAGGCCAGAGAGAUUUCUCUCUCUCUCUCUCUCUCUCUCUCUCUCUCUCUCUCUCUCUCUCUCGCUCUCUCUUCAUCUAUGUCUCACUAAUCGCUAAUGCUCUGUCUGGAUCCGCUAGCCUUGCUCGGCUGGAACACACUGCCUGACUCCCUCCUUUCCUCUGUUUGUCUUUCUCUUUUUCUUGGCCCGGGUGUCUCAGGAGCCAGUACUGACCCCUGGCCUCACCGCUGGAGCGAAAUGAUACUGCCUCUUCAGGCUUUGAUACAGUGCUGCCUUCACGCCCUCGACGUCUGUCUGUCUCUGUGUGUGUGUGUGUGUGUGUGUGUGUGUGUGUGUGUGUGUGUGUGUGUGUGUGUGUGUGCGUGUGCGUGUGUGUUUUCCUCAGUAUCUUGACAGCUACCUGUGGGUUCCUUUCCCAACUGCACCUACAUCCUGAAAAGUGACAAAACUGAUCUCUGUGCCUCUUUAUUACUGCUUGUUUUGUGGACCUCAAUUGUGACUCUUUUCUUCUAGCCAGUGCUGUUUGGGAGACCUGAUGUAAUGGCCCUGUCUGGGUCUCCAGUGUGCUUCAUCUGAGCCCCACAGACUUAAAGUAAAGCAAUGGAAAUGCUUUCAUCCUUGUGUGUGUGACUGGUUUUCUGUCUGGUGAAGGAAAAUGACUGAAAGGCAAUGACUCACUACAUUGUUAUAUAUUAACGGUUUUUGCAGAUAAACAGUGUAAAGCAACUGACUGGAAUUAUUUUACUGGACCACGUUUCCAUAAUCUCCUGCAGUAUUUAUUAAGCUUACUCCAUUUUCUAAAAACUAAAUGGAAAUCAGUUUGACCAUUUUGGCGUCUCUUUCUCUCUCUCUGUGUGUGUGUGUGUGUGUGUGUGUGUGUGUGUGUGUGUGUGUGUGUUUACUGAUGCUUUUUGGAUUUCGUCAGCCUUUAUGCCUGUACCUAUUGACUGGAUCAGUGUUGAUGACGAAAGCGUGCUAAUAAAUCCUUUAAGAAUUCAUCAGUUCAAUAUAAAUAGUCUCCAGGGUGAUGACGGGUCUAGAAUGUAAAUUCAUGAUGAAAGACAAGCGUCGCAACUGCUGUAUGUUCACCUUCAAUCAUGCUCAUGGUCCACGUUAGAUUUGCUGCAGAUUCUGUUCAUUCUAAAUGACUGUAUUUUCUAGAGCAGGGCUGGACAUCCUGCAGCCUCGGAUGACGUUUGGUUUUGUGUGCUAGAUUCAGAUCAGUUUUAGCCAAGUAAAUGAAUGGGAUUUGCAUGUUGUGUUUCGGUCCUUGGCUUAAACGUUGCAUUAUAUUUUGACACGCCAGGUGUCCCUGCUCUAGAGGUAAAAGACCAGUCACUUAUCUGGAUAUGGAUACAGUAGGUGCAAAUGCUAAUGACACAGACAGGGAUAUAUCUUUGUUCUGAAUUAAACACAUUCCUUACUUUUGGUAUUGAUUGCAAGCUGUAUAUUUUUGCUGCACCAUAUGAAGCACAGUUGGUAUACACUGACACAGUUUAAUCUGUUUUUUUUGUGACUUUUCCUGUUUCCAUCAGUGAAUGCCGUAUUGUUCAAUGACUUUUGUGGACUUUGUUUGAUGUGUACGCUUGGAGUAUUUGCAAUUCUCAAUGAUUUGACUCAAUUACUUUUCAACCGAACUAGAUCACACGGUCAUAAUGGCGAAGUCAGCUGCUGCUCCCUAAAAUAACUUAUUCAUACAGCACCAGUUUAUAGAUUACAUUUAGAUCGCGCUACUUUAAUUGUAACCCAUGACUUGGACAUAGAAGAUAAGCUUGCCCUUAAUUCACUAACAAACCGUUUUGUUGUGUUGUUCCGGGCCUGUGUAACUUUGCAAGCAACAAACACUACUGUCUUUCACCCGGCGGUCCAGAUUUUUAUUCAAUCUGCAUACCAAACUCUUACUUGAAAGGACGACGGCAAAUAGCAAUCAUGUCUCCUUAGAGUGAAUGAGUGCAGGCGCUCGUUGUUUGACUGGGAUACAAAUAAGCUUUUUAUUAUUAAUGGUAAAAAUCUAUUUAGUUUAAAUUAACAAUAUAUAAUGUUAUACAUGUCCAUUGAGGCUGUAUGGCAGAAUUGCUGAUGUGGAUUUUUUUGAUCUCUCAUGCACUAUGUAUUCUUUUCCUCUUAAUUCAUAUUUUAUAAACAGCAUUAACUUGGCUCGUUCUGUGUCCUCUGAACUUGAUGAGAAAAUGUACAGUAAUGAUUGUGUAUGAAGCAACCAUGGAAUGAUGCUUAAAUAAAUAGGUGUUGACUAAGCAUUAAAAUGUCAUUAAUGUAUAAAUAGUGGAGAAAUGUUCGGCUCCGUUUAGCUGACAUCUGCACUCAUUUAACAUUUUACCCAUCAUGCUACAUACUGUAACUGCAUGUGUUUCCUGGUAUAAACCUACUUUUUACUGCCAUCUUGAAAUAAAUUCUCUUUACUGA